GGCGUGCCAAGUCCCGGCCACUAACUCCAGAUAAUGCUAUUGUGCAGAAUCAUCUGGAAAAAUUCACGGAACAGCGAGCGCAGCGACGCGUUUAACAACAAAUAAGGAACGGCAGCCAGGGCACAAAAAAAAUGGACCUCAACAAAUACUUUUCCAGAGUGGGCUAUAAGGGUUGCUGUAAACUGACAGACGUGCAAACACUUUCUGAGAUAAUGUAUCACCACAUCUUGGCAAUACCAUUUGAAAACCUCAGCGUGCAUUGCAGGGAACCCAUCUCCCUCAACAUAGAAAGCAUUUUCCAAAAACUUGUACUGAAGCAAAGAGGUGGUUGGUGCUCCGAACAAAACCACCUCCUCUUCUGGGUUCUCAAGACCAUUGGCUACGACGUGGUCAUGCUUGCAGCUCAUGUUCACCAGCCCCAUCUGGAUGAAUACAACCCAUUUGCUACUCAUCUCCUACUCAAGGUGACAAUAGAUAGCAAGGUGUACAUUGCUGACGUUGGCUUUGGAGCCUCCUCUCAAAUAUGGCAGCCUUUAGAGUUAUCGAGCGGGAUGGACCAGCUGCAAGUUCCUGGCAUAUUUCGCCUCACGGAAAGUAAUGGAACGUGGUUCUUGGACAAGAUAAGAAGAACGCAAAUGGUUUCCGAUGGCUCAUGUUCUGACUCUGAACUGCUUGAUAAAUCGAGUUAUAAGAAGAUCCACUGUUUUACUCUACAGGAGAAGACUAUAGACUACUUUCUCGAGUCCUGCAGGUUCCACCAAACAUCUCCUAAAUCGGCCUUUGCCAACAAGUCUGUUUGUUCCCUCCAAGUUAGCGAUGGCGUUCGAACGCUAGUUGGCUGGACGUACACGGAAACCAAAUACAACUAUCGGAAAGGUGUUGAUCUGGUGGAACUUAAAACUCUACAACAUGAUGAAGUAGAAACAGUUUUAAAAGAAAAUUUUGGCGUUGUUUUAGAAUCUCAGUUUGUUGUAGCCAACAACCCUGGUAGAUACACAAUUUAAAGGCUAAAGACCAGACUCACAGUAGCCAGG